AUGGUUAAACGUUCAUUUUAUGAAGAUGAUGAAUAUAUAAUAAACAAACCUGGUACCAUAACUGCCAUAACUCCAGAAUUGGCAGAACAAGAAUCAAUUCAUGGUCAAGCAACGUUUAUUAAUGGGAUGGUAAUUAGAUCAACACCAAUUUUAGAGAAAUAUGCCAAUUCAAUUAGACAUUAUUUACAUAAUAAAUUAUCAAUUUGGACUGCUGAAUUAAAUACUCAAACUCUGGCUUUUAAAAAUGAAUUAACUACUAUAAAUUCAGAAAUUAAUUCAUUAAUUUAUGAACCAAUAUUACCUAAUUUAAUUUAUAUUUUAACUAUGACAUUAACUGGGAGUAUAUUUGUUAGACAAAGAAAUAUUGUUAUAAGAUUUAUAACUCCAAUAAUGUUUGGUGGAUUAAGUUUAAAAUAUUUUAUGCCAAAUACAUUUAAAGCCAUUAUUGGAAAAUAUGAUAAUGUAGAAAAAGAAAAUUUACCACAAUUAUAUGAACAAAGACAAGAAUUAACUAAAAAUUUAAAACAAUUGAAAAAUGAUAUGGAUCAAGGAUUAGAAAAUGCUCAAGUGGGGGUUUAUCAAGCAGUUCAUGAUUUUAGAAAAUUGGUAAAAGAAAAAUGGGAAUAA